AUGGUGGUGGUGGUAGUGGUGGUGGUGUUGGAGGUGGUAGUGACGGUGGAGGUGGUGGAGGAGCUGGUGGCAGCGGUGUCUGUAGCUGAGGAGAGGAGGGCAGGAGGGGAGCAUGACACUCAGAUCCCCGUCUCCCUUCUGCCCAAUCAACAGCUCAACGCCUGGUCCAGAGGAGUGACAGCCAGCCGCUGCGGUCUGGCUGACCACACGAUUCCAGGGCUGUGGUCUUGCCGCCCGGCGCCCCAGUGUGGGGAGGAGAUCUACAACCCCUUGGAGCAGUGCUGCGAUUCCGGGGUCCUCAGGCCCCUGAACCAGACGCGCCUCUGCGGCCCUAAGUGUACCUUCUGGCCCUGCUUUGAGCUCUGCUGCCCUGAUUCCUAUGGCCCCCAGAAGAUGUAUGUUGUGAGGUUGAAGGUUCGGGGUGCGAAGUCCCUGUGCCUCAGCUCACCCAUUUCUAGGUUCUGCGCCAGCUGAAGAUGGACAGCUAGGGCCACCGGCUGGUGGAGCCUUUCCAGAGCCUGGACUGCUGGGAUUUCCA